AUGUCUGCCGUCGACGAGAAAUCGGUUGUGGUCACCACAACCGAUGCUACUGGCGAUGCACCUACCUCGAAUCACAACAUCCUCACAAUCACACGACCAUCUCCCGCCCGCCAACAUCAACAAGGUCUCGUCUUAUCCACCAUCCAAGACGUUGACUCCACACACUCUUUAAGCCCUCCCCCUUCUGCCACAAACGAGAAAUCCAUUCUCGACUCCCUCAAUUCCCCCUACGAAUACCACCACUCGCACAACGACGAGUCCCACUCCGACUCCAAGAUGAACGUCAACGUCAUCCACUCCUCGUUCGAGAACGAUCUCGAGGCCCAAGCCCUGACGCAGGAGAAGACGCAGGCCAGCCAGAGCAAGUCGAACCUCCUGAAGAACAAGACCAAGUCGUGCGUCGACCCAGCUUGGCCCGGUCGAAACCACCUCAAGAUGCAGCGCAAGAUCGCCAAGCGGGAGCGCGCGUGCUGCAGACCGUGGGCGGCGCUGAGCAAGAAGACCAAGGGCAUCAUCUCGGCGGUCAUCUUCCUCGUUAUCCUCGGUAUCGCGCUCGGUGUCGGUUUCGGUAUCUCUUCGCGGGUUGGUGGCACGAUUCAGACGGGGAAUGGAACCAAUAAGCCGAUUAACACGAAGUGA